AUGUCCCGUAUAGCACCCGUCGACUCUGUGAAGCUGCUGAAGGAACAACUAUCGGAAAAGGAGUUUCGUAUAGGCGAACUGGAGAACCGUGUCAAGGAUCUCUUCAACGAAGCCAAAGAGCUCGAUGAAAAGCUGCGUAUCGCGAACCGCAAUGCCCGAGUUCUUGAAGAGGAAAACAGCAGCUACCACAUUCGAAUCAAGAACUUUGAGAAGGAUGGCGAUGCUUUGGAUAUCUUUCCCUUGCAGAAAGAGGCGAUGAAGCUCAUCCAAGAAAACGAGGAGCUGCGGCAGUCGCUCACAGAGGCUGAGAGACGUAUGAGGGAGAUAUCCGGCCGCGAGCGCGACAGCGACCACGACGCUGACAAGCGAAUUCGCGAACUGCAGAGCGAGUGCGAAAGAAUGCGCAAGGAAAGACUGCGCGAGUACAAAGAGCUGGAGAGCACUAGACAUCUGUGCGUUGACUUGCAAAAACGCCUCGAUGAAGAUGAGGAGACGCUGAAAUCAGCAAAAGAGCUGUGGGACCAGGAGCGCGAUAGGUACCAGCAGAAGAUUGACGAAUUACUGGACUUCAAUAAGCGUGCGGAACGGCCCCUAGUGACGCGCAGUGCUCGGCACAGGGAUGGCUGUGCUGAUGAGCCGCUGGAGCAAUUUUUGUUGAAGGAAGAGGUUGCACAACUGGAAAGGACGUUGAAAGAGGUCCAGCACAAGAACUGGGAAAAGGAGAAGACGUGGGUUCGCACCGAGACCGAGCUGCGCCACCGCAUCAACGAGUUGCAGGUGAGCGGCAGCUCGGAGAGCCGUAACGACAAUGCACUUUUCCAGGCCAUGAAGGACCAAGUCAGGGCUUUGCAAGACGAAAUUCAGGCUCUUCGGAGUGACAGUCGUGGGUCGCGAUCGGCACAAGGCGUGCCAAUGAGCUCGAUGAGUACCCCCUGUAUUGUGACACCGGCUGUAAAGAGCGGUGUAGUGGAGGAGUGGGCUGCUCGCUAUGAAUCCAUAUCGAGGGAAAACGACAACCUUCGCGAUCAGGCGGACGCAGCGAAAGCAAAAAUUCUUGAGCUUCAAAACCUUAUCGACGAGAAGGUGGUGGCAUGCAAAGAGAUGGAGCUUCGACUCGCAGCUGCACAGAAGCAACGUGCAACCGCUUCUCAGGCUCCAGUGGUAGACAGGCCAUCAUCUAUUCGCGCGACCAGUGAGUGCAGUUAUGGAAGUCGUUCAACCGGUGCUCCGCAUAGGCAGGGUGAUGCACGUGCGAUGAUGGUCAUGAGGCAGCGUCUGCUUGACUUGGAGGCGGAGUUGAGGAGGCUCUGCAGCGCGCAAGAGCAGAAGGAGACGAUCGGCCAUGCUCGCCUUAAGGAGUAUGAAAAGCAGAUCGUGGAGUUACUACGGGAAAAUGCAAAUCUUAGAGAUGCGAACAUGGAUCAGGGUAAUACUGAGGGCGGAUGCAGUGUGAUGGAUUUUUCGGAUGGGGUGAUGCGUUUGACGAAGGACAAGCGGGAGUCGGUAGAGGAAGUGAUGCGACUUCUUGAAUUCGCGUGGGACAGCGAAGAUGAGCUGAAUCGACAGCUGCGCAGAGCCAAGUACCAAAAUGCGGCCAUGGGUGCUCAGGGCGCCGCUAAGGACGACGAGAUUCAGCGCCUCCAGAAAUCUGUCAAUAUCUUGGAAAGCAAGCUGCGAGACGUGGAACAACGGGCGCACGACAGCGACGAUUUGAAAGACGCCGUGGGUGAACUACGUAAGCAACGCCGAGGUCUGACCGAUGAAAACGACAAGCUGCGGAAAAAGAUUGGAGAUCUGGAGAAGGCUAAGGAGGAGGUAGUGCGACAGCAGAACGCAAAGCAACAUGAUGCUAAGCGACGCAUUGAACGGCUGCAGACUGAGAUUGAUGAUUUGACGCACAAACUGGCCAACGCGCGUAAGCCAGGCAGCCAACCUGUCUCUCCACGCCUCAGUACCCGCUCCCCGAAACCCGGUACUCACUCUCCGAGACCCAGCGCCCGACGUCGCACACCUGAGGCAACUGCUCUGUCCCAGUUAUCUGUCCGCUCCACAGAUGAGCAGCGUCGAAGUGCUGUCCCUGAAGGUGCCCACCUCGCUUUCACAGUCGUGGAAUUAACGGAUGUGCUGCGCAACGGUCGACCGAUCACUGAACCCGGCCACGUCAUCAUCAAACUGAAGUCCAUUAAGGAGAAGUACAAGACUUCCGUAAAGGUGUUGUCUUCUGUGAUCCGCUUUGAUGAGACAUUUGUGUUCUAUCUCGCGCAACCAGACCAGGAUGUCAUCACUCUACACGUCUUUUAUAAGCCGCAUGGCGGGCCCCGUGAGUUUCAUAUCGGGGACGCCUGCUUCUCCAUGGCGACACUGUACCGAGGACUUCCUCGCCAGCGCAUAGCUCCCGUGGUGCAGAGUCCUGGAACAAAAGAAGCGCGUCGUGCCGCACAGGUCGAAGUUCGUUUGCAAACGGAUGACUUUGGAAAAACGACGGUGCAUACGGAGGAGGAAGUGAAGGAGAAGAUGCGUUUCAUCGAACUCGUGAACAGGUUUGAGAAGGGCUCCCCAGAGAUGCUGCACGCGGUGGAUGUUUACAUGGCGUCCAACGAGCUACAGUAA